CCCGUCGCCGCCGUGAGCGGAGGGGGAGGCGGAGUCGGGGCCGCGGGAGGACGCAGAGAUGUCGGAGCGGAAAGUGUUGAACAAAUACUACCCGCCGGACUUCGAUCCAGCUAAGAUCCCAAAGCUUAAACUCCCAAAGGACCGGCAGUAUGUGGUGCGUCUCAUGGCUCCCUUCAACAUGCGAUGUAAGACAUGUGGUGAAUACAUCUAUAAAGGGAAGAAGUUUAACGCCCGUAAGGAGACUGUUCAGAAUGAGGUGUACCUGGGACUUCCCAUCUUCCGCUUCUACAUCAAGUGCACGCGUUGCCUGGCAGAGAUCACUUUCAAGACAGAUCCAGAAAACACAGACUACACUAUGGAACAUGGUGCCACUCGCAACUUCCAAGCUGAGAAACUCUUGGAGGAAGAGGAGAAAAGAAUGCAGAAGGAGAGGGAAGAGGAAGAGCUCAACAAUCCUAUGAAGGUCCUGGAGAACCGAACCAAGGACUCCAAACUGGAGAUGGAGGUGCUGGAGAACCUGCAGGAGCUGAAGGAACUCAACCAACGCCAGGCAAACGUGGAUUUUGAGGCAAUGCUGAAGCAGUACAAGGAGUAUGAGGAGGAGCAGAAGCGCAAGGAACAAGAGGAGGAUGAGCAAGAGAUGAAAGCUAUGCUGGAGCAGGCCCAGAACCGGCGGCUGCUCGUGGACUCCGAUUCUGACGAAGAGCCUGCAAAAUCGCACACAAAGCCUGUGGCCAAACUGAAACCUACGGACAUCUUGCGGGAGGACGCUCAGCCCCAGAGUAAGAAGCUGAAGACUGAGAGCUGGGAGCGGAGCGUGGGCAAAUUGAACACCAAGUCCCAGCUGGCCGGGCUAGUCACGGUGAGGAAGCAGAAGCCAGAUCCUGCUGUGGCUAAUGGGACGGAGAGCCAAGGCAACACAGCGAGCACCGGCUCGUUUCCCACAGCAACGGGCACCACGUCCUCUCUUGGCUUGUUGGGGGCGUAUUCGGACAGCGAGGACAGCGCCAGUGACUGAUGAGCACCCGAGCCAGUGCAGAGCAGGGAUCGUGGGUGGUUCCCCGCUCCCAGCUGGCAGCAGCUGCUCUCCAGAGUCCCAGCACAGAGCUGGCAUCCCAGCAGGGGCCAGCAGGAUUGCCAGACCACCUAUAGAGUCCCAGCAUCUUUACCUGCCUGGCCUGAGAUGUGUGACUAUUCUCCAACAACGAUGAGGCCCCAGCCGCCCUCACUGGCUGACACCACCAGCAGACCAAAUGCAGAUGAGCCAGUCAAGAAGACGGCUUUCUCAGGAGAGGGCAUCACCUCGACACUGUCCCAGGUUGGCUGUGCCCAAACCCACAUUCCAGCCAGCCCCAGAGCACGACGUGUCCCAGCUCUGCACCCGUGGUGUGUUGGGAAGUGCUGGGGCUGGCCAGGACAGUGUAAUUCCUCCAUUCUGGUGGUGCCCACAGCCGUCACCCCUGUGCUGGUUGGGCCUGGGCCUGUGUCCAUGAUACACUGACCCUCCACAGCAAUCAAGGGACCCCAGGGCAUUCCUUCCCUCCUUCCCUGCAUCCCUGCAGGAUGCUCGAUGUUCAGAAGCUCAACACUUGUCUUUUGCCAUAGGAGGAACCACCACUUCUGUAACCCUGAGUGUCUCCUGACCCACCCUGUGCAGCUCAGAUCCUGACUUUGUGGGGUGAACCCAGAUCCCCCUUGUUUUGCUGUUAAAGGUGACGUAUCUCACAGCACAGACACGGGGACUGGCAUCACCCCACAUUUCAGGGACAGGACUGGCUUGGCUGGGUUGCCACCAGCUUCCUUUUGCCCCAGCCCUCCUCAGCAGCUUGGUGAUAAACCCCUUCCUGCCCUUUGGAGAGCAAUCGGGUUUGUUCGGCUCACCAGCAGACACCACCUGGUAAUAAAUCAGAUAUGUCA